CCGCCGCCUUCCCCGUCAUCGCGAGAUUUGAGGAGGCACCGCCGCCCUGGGCGCGUCGCUAUAGUGCCGCCGGCGGGGCAGGGCGGCCGAAGACAGGAAGAUGGCGGGUUUGGCAGGACGCUUGUUGGCGGCAGCGGCCGGUUCGCGGGGGCGGGCGGGGCCCGGCGGGCUCCGCAGCGGCCCCGCGGUGACCGUUGUACCCUGGCGGGGCGAGAUCGCCACCCGUAGCGGCGCCAUUUUGCCCAAGCCGGUCAAAAUGCCCUUUGGCCUUCUACGAGUAUUUACCAUUGUGAUCCCUUUCCUGUACGUCGGGACUCAGAUCAGUAAGAAUUUUGCAGCCUUGCUCGAGGAACAUGAUAUCUUUGUCCCAGAGGAUGAUGAUGAUGAUGAUUAAAGGACUAUAAUAAAAGAACAAGAGGGAAAGCCACAGACAAAGAUCUGGUUUGAUAUCUGUCUCCUCAUGCCACCUGCCUCAUUUUAAAGAGGAAAGGAGGCACAGUUGGACCUCCCUCUGUACCAACGAAUGUUCUCUUCAUAUCUGUGUGGCAAUUGGAAAGGGAUGUAUAUACACAAUAGGUCCAGCAACCCUUGCCUGCUGUACCUUUCACCUCAUGAGAGACUACUUGGGCUGAUAUAAUGAGUAUGGACAGUACAAAUGAUUAGAUUACAAAUAAAGAAUGACAGACUGAA